GAAGCUCGGUUGUUGUUCUUCCGGUAGCAGCUCUGCAUGAGUGUUUGCUAGCAGCGGGGUUAGCGCGUGUCUACAGUAACAGCUUUACUGGGUUUCAUCUCCAUUAGAAGCAAACAGCGACCCUGAAGUUGGAUCUCAGCGGUCGUGUAGGUACCGGAUCCGGUUCUCGGACAUGGAGGGUCCGUCCUGUCAGGUGCCUGCCGCCCAGGAUGGAGAGGCUCGGCGGGUGGACAGGAGGGAGUCUGGGGGUUCUGGAACCGAGCCCACCCGGGACACCAGAACUCACUUCCGCGUGUGUCGCUUCAUCAUGGAGACAGGAGUGAAGCUCGGGAUGCGCACGGUUCCCAUGACUACCGCCUGUGUGCUGUACCACCGCUUCUUCCAGCGGGCCAGCGUCCGGGUGUAUGAGCCUUACCUGGUGGCCAUGAGCUGUGUGUACCUGGCUGGCAAAGUGGAGGAGCAGCACAUCAGGACCCGUGACAUCAUCAACGUGAGCCACAGGUACUUCAACAAAGGCAGCGCUCCUCUCGAAUGUGACAAGGAGUUCUGGGACCUGAGGGACAGCGUGGUCCAGUGUGAGCUCCUCAUCCUCCGACAGCUCAACUUCCACGUUUCCUUUGAGCACCCUCAUGAGUUCCUGCUCCACUACCUGCUGUCAGUGAAGUCGCUGGUGAACCGACACGCUUGGUCUCGGACCCCUGUGGCUGAGACUUCCUGGGCCCUGCUAAGAGAUUGUUACCAUGGAGACAUGUGCAUUCGCCACACACCACAACACAUCGCCAUAGCAACGCUGUACCUGGCCCUAAACAGCUAUGGAGUGGAGCUCCCUGCUGGAGAGAAGGAGUGGUGGCAGGUGCUGUGUGAAGACGUGACCAUAGCGGACAUCAACGCUGUGAUCUCAGACCUUCUCCAGCUCUACGACAUGGAGGCCAAGUGUAUCUGAGGCACACGUCGACACCUGAAGGCUCAGGUUGUGUGUGUGUGUGUGUGUGUGUGUGUGUGCAUGAGCGUGUGUGUGUGUGUGUGUUUUGCUCCAGACAGCCCGUGGAGCUGAAGGCUCUGCAGUACCACCUCCUGCCACUGGGCGGAGACAUUUGUCAGUGUUUGCUCCAGUGGACCUCCUGCUUCCUCUCCUCUCCAUGUGUGUGUGCAGACUGGUGCGCGAGUGUUCACGGACGCUCUAGAACUCUUGUUAUGAAUAAUAAUCCGUUCAACACGAACGCAUGAUCAUGUAAGCAGGUAGAUGUUUGUGACUGAAGGACUUUGCUCCCAGAAAUGUUCUAGACAAUAAUGGAUGAGUAUCCCGACUGCCCGGGAGACAACGGUCUUCGUUUCACCUACGUGUGUUCUCCACCCAGAACCGGACCCGCCUCUGCUUUCGGUUUACGGGGUUAGGCUGACGUUAGAGAUGCGGCUCAGCUCUUCUCUUACAUGAAGAUAUUUGUUUAUUCCUGCCAGUCAGAGCCCUGACUCCGUCUCCUGUGGGUCACCGUGGUCCACCUGUCAGAUGCUCUCACCACCCUCCUGAAGGUGCAGGCUGCUGCUGAGCUCACGGGGGUCCGAUUCAGAGCUUCAGAGCGCUGAAGACCGUUUUUAGGGCAGGCACGAGACCGGCUGGUCCUCACCUCUGAACUCCUCCAUGAGGGAUGAAGACACAUCUGCAGUUUACAAGAUGGUGGAAAUGUUUGCGCUCCAGCUUAAAUGAAACAUGAAGAUCGUUUUUAGAAAAGUGCCCAAAGACGAGCAGACACGUCAAAUAAAGUGGCUUGGACACGUG